AUGACAUUCAUGCCAUGGAAGAGCAUUCCCGGUUGGGUUGUUCUCUUGGCCCUUAACCUCUUCUCCGGAAUCGCUCUCAUCUAUGAGGGUUACAACCAGGGAGUCAUGGGCUCUGUGAACUCGAUCCCCGGAUACAUUGACACGAUGCAGAUCGGGAGGAACGGGAAGGUUACCAACGUCACGAAGCAAGGAGGCAUCGUUGCAGUUUACUACUUUGGCGCCAUGUUCGGCUGCUUUGCCGGUGGUCGUCUGGCGGACCGAUCCGGGCGCAAGCUUGCUAUUAUCGUGGGAAGUCUAUUCGCAGUCGUGGGAGGGUCACUGCAGGCCGGGGCUCAGAACAGCGAUAUGAUCAUCUGCGCUAGAGUAAUUGCGGGAUUCGGCAUCGGCUUCAUCAAUACGGUCACACCUGCCUGGGUUUCGGAAUUGGCCGUGGCCCAUACCCGAGGAGCCUCAUUUGCCUUGGUAUUCUGCGCCAAUUAUACCGGCAUCACCAUUGCCUACUGGAUUGGCUACGGCUUGAAGAACCAUCCAACAUCAUUCCGGUGGCGGUUCCCACUAGCAUUACAAGUGGUUCCUACCGUUAUCCUACUCCUGACUGUGUGGUUCCUCCCAGAAUCGCCGCGAUGGCUCAUGGCCAAAGGAAGACGCAGCGAGGCAGUCGAAAUCCUGGCAAAGAUCCGUGGGGACGUUUCGCUGGCAGACCCCGACCUGAUGUCUGAGAUCGAACAGCUGGACACCACUGUUGAGUCGUCAAACCACAAACGCUACCGUUUCUGCAAUGUCACUUUUGGUCGUCACUCUGGCAAGCUUCACUUGGGAAGGAGAGUCGCGCUGGCCGUCAGCAUCAUGUUAAUGAUGGAAUGGACUGGCAUCCUGGCCAUCACUGUCUACGCGGGCACGUUGUUCAGUCAAGCCGGAUACGAUACCAACAAAGCCGGAUGGCUAUCCGGUUUGGUCAACACGAUCGGCAUCCCAGCCACGAUUGCAGGCAUCUUUACAAUUGACCGGUUUGGACGGCGCAUCUCCAUGUAUUUUGGGUUCUCCAUCCAGAGCGUGGCGCUGUUCCUCUCCGCCGGUCUGGGCCGUCUGGGACAGCUCAACCCGGACAACGCCGCCGCGUACGGCGCUGCGUCGGUCAGCAUGGUCUUCAUUUUCACCUUCUUCUUUGCGCAGACUGUCUUGAUGAUCGCGUUUUUCUAUCCGACGGAAAUCUGGCCGCAGGAGAUUCGAGCGUUUGGAAACAGCUAUGCAGUGUUUGGAUGGGCCGUGGGUUGCGGCAUCACGACCCUCGUGAUUCCAAGCAUGUUUGCCAGUCUACAAUGGAAGACUCUCAUGGUUUUUGCGUCGUUCAACAUCGCCUGCCUGCCGUUGGUGUAUUUAUUCUUCCCCGAAACUAACGGCCGCACCCUCGAAGAAAUAAACCUCCUGUUCAUGGCAGAGAGCCCCCUGGUUUUUGCCAACGAAAAUGCCUUUGCGGACCGACUUGCCCAAGCUGGCGGUGACAUGGCUGAAGCAGAAAGACGACUGGCGGCCGAAUUGGAUGCGUCUGAGAACAAGGUGGUUCAUGUAUGA